AUGCUUGGACCCACAGUGACACUGCUUGUCUGGGCUCGGUGCUUUGCAGUGACUGUCACGCAUGUUGGCGAUGUUGCAUACACCAGCAAUGCCUUUGCGGCGAAGAAGGCUGAUGGCUCCGUGGCAACCUGGGGUUGGCCGUCAGGAGGUGGAGACUCCAGUACAGUGGCCAGCGCUCUUCUUUCUGAUGUGGUUGCGGUCACUGGUGCUUCUGCAGCAUUCGCAGCUGUGAAGGCAGACGGAAGCGUAGUUACAUGGGGUGAGGCGGAAAAUGGUGGCAACUCCUCUGCAGUAGCUGCCGACCUAUCUGGAGUGGUGUCUAUCACUUCGGCUUCCUAUGCUUUUGCAGCUCUCAAGGCGGACGGCAGUGUCACUACUUGGGGCAAGGCGAGCGGAGGCGGAGAUUCGAGCAGCGUUUCGAGCAAUCUCUCCUCAGGCGUGGAGUCUGUAGUGGGCGCCCACGAGGCUUUCGCUGCAAUCAAGACAGAUGGAAGCGUGGUCAUAUGGGGGAACCCACUUGCAGGAGGGGACUCCAGCACGGUUGCCAAUGACCUUUUGAUGGGGGUGGUGUCCAUUACCGCAACUAGCGCCGGCUUUGGGGCGCUGAAGGACGAUGGCAGUGUGGUCACAUGGGGAGCUGUUGCUUGGAAUGUUCCAAGCAGCAACCUCACCUUCGGAGUGAUCUCCAUCCACGGAACAUCAUUUGAUGCUUUGGCAGCCCUCAAGGCCGAUGGCUCCGUGUUGACAUGGGGUAAUCCUCCUUUUGGCGGUGACUCCAGUGCUGUAGCAGGUGAGCUCUCCGGUGUUAAGCUCAUCCAGUCUUCCUUUAACUCGUUCGCGGCCUUGACGAACAGCAGCAUUGUGAUAUGGGGCAUGUACGGCAGUACCGUCUUGGCCGUCUCGGGAGUCGAGUCCAUUCAAUCUACUGCACGCACUUUCGCGGCCCUGAAUGCAAACGGCAGCGUAACCAUCACUUGGCCUUCGUUCUUUGUUGAGGCAGAUUUGAGCAACGUGGCGGACAGUCUCUCAUCCGGAGUUCAGGCCAUCUACAGGACCACCACUUCCUUCGCAGCCUUGAAGAUGGAUGGAAGUGUGGUCACAUGGGGGGGUGGCAACGGUGGCGGAAACUCCACGUUGGUGGCUAGCGAACUGUCAUCUGGAGUUAUAGCCAUACGAAGCAAUCACGAGGCCUUCAUAGCUAUCAAGGAAGAUGGCUCGGCAGUCACGUGGGGGAACGGUGACAAGGGGGGAGACUCCACCGGGGUCGACUUUUCAUCGUUGUGGUGGACAACCACCUCGACCAUCUCGACCACCUCAUUCACGAGUACCAGCAGGACGGUGACUUCAGUGACUUCAACGAUGGCUGCCACUGCAGCCCUGGACCCUGGCAUCGAUGUCUGGCUCAUUGUGGGAAUCGUGUCGGCUGUGCUUGGAACAUGUGCAGCUGCAGUUGCGGCAUGGCUCUGCUGGCAACGUGCACGGUCCCGAGACGAGGUGAAGGAAAUCCACAUCGGUGCCACGAUACAUCCCUCAGUCAGUGCAUAG